AUGGGCUUCGACCCUUCGCGGUUCGCGGGGCCGGUGGCGGCGGAGCUGCAGUGCGGGCUGUGCGGGCGGGUGCUGGAGGAGCCGCUGUCCACUCCGUGCGGGCACGUCUUUUGCGCCGGCUGCCUGCUGCCCUGGGCGGCGCGGCGCCGCCGCUGCCCGCUGCGCUGCCGGCCGCUGGCGGCCGCCGAGCUGCGCCCCGUCCUGCCCCUCCGCAGCCUCGUCCAGAAGCUGGAGGUCAAGUGCGACUACAGCCCGCGGGGCUGCGGCCGCACCGUGCGGCUGCGGGAGCUGCCCGAGCACCUGGCGGCGUGCCGCUUCGGGCCGGCCGGCCCCGCCGAGCCGCAGCCCCGGGCCGGGCUCCCCUCGGGCAGCUCGGCGGGGCAGCCACGGGCCGGCGGCGGGCAGCGCUGCCUGCGGGCGCUGCGGGGCGGCGGCGGCGGCCCGGAGCCGGGUCACGAGCUGAAGAGGGAGGCCCAGCGCUGGAGCAGGAGGGAGAAGUCGCUGCUGGCGCAGCUGUCGGCGCUGCAGAGCGAGGUGCAGCUGACGGCGCGGCGGUACCAGGCGAAGUUCGGCCAGUACAUGAGCCACAUCAGCAGCAUCGCCCGGGACCUGGCGGGCAGCCAAGCCGGCAAGGGAGGAGAACGCAAACCAUUAAUGAUCAUGCUACACCGAGAAAAUGAUACUUUGGGAUUCAAUAUUAUAGGAGGACGACCCAAUCAGAAGAAUCAAGAGGAGUCUGCUGAGGGAAUUUAUGUGUCAAAGAUUUUGGAAAAUGGACCUGCAGACAAAGCAGAAGGCCUGCAAAUUCAUGACAAGAUUAUUGAGGUCAAUGGGAAGGACCUCUCCAAGGCCACUCAUGAAGAAGCAGUGGAAGCUUUCCGCAAUGCCAAGGAGCCCAUUGUAGUUCAGGUUUUACGACGAGCCCCAGCUGCCAAAGCUCACAGCAGCUCUCAGGAUGUUCGGUUUAUGGAUGCCAGCACUCAGACUGACAUCACCUUUGAGCAUAUUAUGGCUCUGGCCAAGCUAAGGCCUUCCACACCACCAGUUCCUGAUAUCUGCCCUUUUCUACUUUCGGAUAGCUGCCAUUCUCUUCACCCGGUGGAGCAUGAAUUUUAUGAAGGUAAUGAGUAUCUUUCCAGCCUGCCUGCUGAUGCAGAUAGAGCAGAGGACUUUGAGUAUGAGGAGGUGGAGCUGUGCCGCAUUGGCAGCCAGGAGAAGCUGGGGCUGACUGUCUGUUACAGAACUGAUGAUGAGGAGGACACGGGGAUCUAUGUCAGUGAGGUUGAUCCAAACAGCAUUGCUGCCAGAGAUGGACGGAUCCGUGAAGGAGACCGCAUUCUGCAAAUAAAUGGCCAAGAUGUCCAGAACAGGGAAGAGGCAGUGGCGUUGCUCUCCAGCGAAGAAUGCCGGAAAAUUGUGUUGCUGGUGGCGAGGCCAGAGAUGCAGCUGGAGGAAGGGUGGCUGGAUGAUGAAAGGAACGAAUUCUUAGAGGAGCUAAACUUGGAAAUGUUGGAAGAGCAACAUAAUGAAGCGAUGCAGUACACAGCCAAUGAGGUGGAGCAGCCAAAGAAACAUGAAGAGGAAGAUGGCACUACAGAUACUGCAACCUCAUCAUCCAACAAUCAUGAGAAGGACAGUGGGGUGGGACCUACAGAUGAAAGUCUUCGAAAUGAUGAGAGCUCAGAGCAAGAAAAUGCAACCGAGGAGCAGAACAGUGCUACCCUGCAGAGCAAACGGAAUUUGGGCCACAGCCAGGAUACAUUAGGCAGUGUUGAGCUCCAGUGCAAUGAAAGCUUUGUGUCUGGGGAAUACAUUGAAUCUGAUUUCAUAAGGAACCCAGAGGAGGAAUGUGAAAGGUUUCGGCAGCUGUUGGAACUGAAGUGCAAGAUUCGGAACCAUGGGGAGUAUGAUCUUUAUUACUCAAGCAGCAUGAUAGAAUGCAACAGAAGAGAGCAAGAUGGAGUGGAGCACGAGCUGCAGCUACUUAACGAGGAACUGAGGAACAUUGAACUCGAAUGUCAGAAUAUUAUGCAAGCUCACCGGCUCCAAAAGGUGAGAGAUCAGUACGGAGACAUUUGGGCUUUACAUGAUGAAAGUUUCAGGAAUUAUAACACCAGCACAGACUUACAAAGAGGCAAACUGGAUGAUAUCAUGGAGCACCCUGAGAAGUCUGACAAGGACAGCUCCAGUGCCUACAACACUGCUGAAAGCUGCAGGAGCACUCCACUGACGGUGGAGCGAUCCCCUGAUAACUCUCUCCAGAGGGUGAUCAGCAUAACCAACAGGAAAAACCUGAGGACCACCAUUGUUGCUAAUCAGUCAUCCUCAGGACAGAGCAACAGGGAGACAACCUCAGCCAAAACCAAACCCACUGAGCAAAACAGUGCUGCUGAGAACGCAGUGCUGGCAUCAGAUAGCAGCAAAUUCACAGAUCAGGAAAGGCAAGGCAGCGAGCACAUUCCCUAUUUGUCUCCAUAUCACAGCUCUUCUUACAGGUACGGGAACAUACCUGCUCACGCAAAGCACUAUCAAAGCUAUAUGCAGCUGAUCCAGCAGAAGUCUGCUGUGGAGUACGCCCAAAGCCAGCUCAGCCUGGUGAGCAUGUGCAAAGACUCACAGAAGUGUGCGGAGCCCAAGAUGGAAUGGAAAGUGAAAAUAAGGAGUGAUGGGACGAGGUACAUCACAAAGAGACCGGUUAGAGACAGAAUCCUGAAGGAACGUGCCUUAAAAAUUAAAGAGGAACGCAGUGGGAUGACGACAGAUGAUGAUACCAUGAGUGAGAUGAAGAUGGGUCGCUACUGGAGCAAAGAAGAGCGGAAGCAGCAUUUGGUGCGAGCUAAGGAGCAGAGGAGGCGGCGGGAGUUCAUGAUGAGGAGCAGGCUGGAGUGUCUUAAGGAAAGUCCACAGAGUGGCAGCGAGGGCAAAAAAGAAAUCAACAUUAUUGAACUGAGUCACAAAAAGAUGAUGAAAAAGAGAAACAAGAAAAUCUUGGACAACUGGAUGACAAUACAAGAACUGAUGACACAUGGUGCUAAAUCCCCAGAUGGCACAAGAGUGCACAAUGCCUUUUUAUCAGUUACUACUGUAUGA